AUGGAUAAGAAAAAGUUAUUCCCUACUUCAGUAAAGCAGAAAGAAACUACUACGUUACCAGAAAAUAACUUACAGGAUAUGGAGUCGAAUGUUAACAAGACUAAUAAUAUACAAGACGAAAUAAAUGAAACAAUGAGCUCUUUAGCAGAUGAUGGUACAUAUACCAUAAAUGGAUUAUUAAGUACAUUCGCAAGUAUGCAAAGUGAAGAAGACGAUCAAGACAAAUACGAUUAUGCCGACUCCAUUCAACAUUAUAACUCGAACGAGGAUGAUCUGGGAAAUUCAGGUGUACCCUGUUCAAAGCGAAAACAACGAAGAUAUAGAACUACUUUUACCAAUUACCAAUUAGAAGAAUUAGAGAGAGCAUUUCAUAAGACUCAUUAUCCAGAUGUAUUUUUUCGGGAAGAAUUAGCAUUAAGAAUAGAUCUAACUGAAGCCAGAGUGCAAGUAUGGUUUCAGAAUAGGAGGGCUAAAUGGAGAAAACAGGAAAAGACCUUGAACAAAACGGCUCAUAUGCAAAAUCAAAACGUCACUAUUCCCAUAAACGUGCCAGCUUGUUCAACUCCACUGGAAAGUCCUCUUCUUAACUUCACAAAUAACGAACAAAACACUUCCAACGUAUUUUUAGGCCUUGAAUGGCCGUUAACGUUUUCUAAUUCCUUAGCGUUAUCUUCUAAUAUGGAUCAACCUACAACAAGUGACCAAAAUUGUUCCAUGGAGAAUCAACUUAAUGAGACUAUGCUGAUAGCAGAAAUACCUGUACCAGAAACAAGUGCUAAUGUACAACCGGACGCUGUACCUUCGACGUCAGGGAUUAAUCGGAGCACUCUAGGUCUGAUUUCUCCGUAUGCUAUAAGUGCAGUACCAGUUAAACGCAAAAAGUAUCUUAGAGAAAGAAAAGCUACCGUAGCAGCUGUCAUAACAUCUUCACCCUACAAGAAAAAUUUGAAGAGACAAGAAAAAGAAAAUAAAUUAGCGAAGACAGAGAAUAAAAAAAACUGCGAAGGAAACAAACGAACAAAGAAAAAUAAAACUGAUUCUGAAGAAAAAGACUCUGAGGAACAGGACGUUAUCCAGUUUGAUGCAGACAGUGAGGCUGAUGAGCUGCUGAUGUUCAAUGUAUGUUUUGCCAAAAACUUUUUCCAUGGAUAA